CCUUCCCUGCGGUCUAGCGGACACGGCGACAGACUCAGAUGCGCGCGCGCACCGGCCUCUCACGCGCGUCUCUAUUGGUCUCUUCAUCAUUUUGUAUACUUAAUCUAUUUAAUUAUAAUACCCUAGUGUUAGUGAAUACACGUUAAUGGAACAGUGAAUCGGAAUACACGAUCAGAGUAAACAACCCACAACAAACGCCAAGAUGCCGCGAUUCAAGACAAUAAUGGUAACAGGAGGGGCCGGAUACAUCGGCAGCCAUUGCGUAGUCGACCUUUUAGAAGCGGGAUAUGAAGUAGUCGCCAUAGACAACUUCGCGAACGCAGUAGGCGACGAAGACGGCUCACCAGCUCUACAAAGAGCUGAAGAAAUCACGGGCAAAAAAAUCACAUUCUACAAAGCCGAUUUGUUAGACAAACCACAAAUCAACGGAAUCUUUGAUAAGCACAAGGUGGACUGCGUCAUCCAUUUCGCAGCGCUGAAGGCGGUUGGAGAAUCAAUGCAGCAACCCCUUUUAUACUACCAGAACAAUCUACUCGGCAUGCUUAAUUUAUUGGAGAUAAUGCGAUCACACAACUGCUACCAAAUGGUGUUCUCUUCAUCAUGCACGGUAUACGGGGAGCCGGAGAACCUUCCGAUCACCGAAACACACCAGACUGGCAACAUCACUAACGUUUACGGAAGAACGAAGUAUUUUAUUGAGGAGAUGCUUAAAGACUUGAGUGUUGCUUAUGAAAAAUGGAACAUAAUUUCGCUCCGGUACUUCAACCCGGUGGGCGCGCAUCCCUCCGGUAUGAUCGGAGAGGAUCCAACGAAGGAGUUCACAAACCUCAUGCCCUUCAUGGCGCAAGUGGCGCUGGGGAAGAAACCCGUGCUCACUAUCUUUGGCAACGAUUACAACACGCCUGAUGGAACUGGUAUUCGAGACUACAUUCACGUUAUGGAUUUGGCAAGCGGUCACGUAGCUGCACUAAAUUUGCUCAGUGCUAACCACGUAAGGCUAAAGGUAUACAACCUGGGCACAGGCAAAGGCGUAUCGGUGAAGGAACUAGUGGAUGUAUUCGAGCGCGUCACGAAGGCUAAGAUCCCGGUCAAAUACGUCGCGAGACGGAAUGGCGAUAUCACGGCCAUGUGGGCGGACGCCUCUCUCGCCAGACAAGAGCUGGGGUGGACCACUAAACACUCCGUGGAAGAGAUGUGCACAGACUUCUGGCGAUGGCAGACGAUGAACCCCGACGGCUACCCUAAGAAGAACAAAACUACGGUCAUCGUGGUCAACGGGAAGAGUUAACGCGAAUCAUAAACUGAAAUAACUACAUACUUAUAGCCAUUUAUUAAUAAACUAUUUUAUUUAUAUA